UUAUCUGUAUUCUCUAUGGAUAACCUUUUUCCGUAAACAUUGGUAAUUGUCAUUUAAUAUUUCAGAUAAAAUUUUGAAAUAAGAGACCUUUUUUGACGUUUUAACAUGCCGAAAAAGAAAACAGGUCAGCGCAAGAAAGCUGAGAAGCAGAGACUUAGACAAAAAGGAAUCAGAACAGCAAAAGAAAAUAUGACGUUGGCACAAUAUCCUUGCAAUGCCGCGAUGGAAUGUGAUAAAUGUAAAAGGAAGCAGAAGAACCGUGCGUUCUGCUACUUCUGCCAGAGCCUGCAGCGCCUGCCCCAGUGCGCCCACUGCGGCAAGGUCAAGUGCAUGCUCAAGACGGGCGACUGCGUGGUUCGCCACGGGGGCGUCUUCACCACCGGCAUGGGCAUGGUCGGCGCGAUCUGCGACUUCUGCGAGGCGUGGGUGUGCCACGGCCGGCGCUGCCUGACGUCGCACGCCUGCACGUGCCCCCUGCAGGAGGCCGUGUGCGCCGAGUGCGAGCGCGGCGUGUGGGACCACGGCGGCCGCAUCUUCCGCUGCUCCUUCUGCUCCAGCUUCCUGUGCGAGGACGACCAGUUUGAGCACCAGGCCUCCUGCCAGGUGCUGGAGUCGGAGAACUUCAAGUGCCAGUCGUGCAACAAGCUGGGCCAGUACUCGUGCCUGCGCUGCAAGACGUGCUACUGCGAGGACCACGUGCGGCGCAAGGGCUUCAAGUACGAGAAGAACAAGGCCAUCCCGUGCCCCAAGUGCAGCUACGAGACGUCCCAGACCAAGGAUCUCAGCAUGUCCACGCGAAGCCACAAGUUUGGGCGCCAGAAUCAGUCUGCAUUUGACGAGGAUGACGAGUAUGGCGAAGGAGGAAUGAACGGCUACUACGGUGGUGUGGAUAAUGCAGAAGAUUCUGAUGGGGACUAUGACUCUUCAGAAGAAGACUCUGAUGAAGAUGAAGACGACGAAGAUGAUGAAGACACGACUGAGAACAAUAAGGUUUAAAUUUUCAAAAUGCGCUAUAUGCAGUGGUUGCGGCUGGAUGUGAUUAAGAUGAGAGAUUUAAUAAAAGUAUUUAUAUAGAAAAUAUUCCAAA